AAAGAAAGUGCUAAAUUUGGUAUGAAGCUAAAUGUAAAGAAAACUAAAGUAAUGUCAACUAAAGAGUUAAAAGAUUUCAUUGUGGAUGGUGAAAGAAUUGAAGUGGUAGAAAGUUACAUACUUUUGGGCUCAAAGAUAGAAAGGAAUGGAAGUUGUGAAGGAGAAAUCAGGAGGAGAAUUAACCUUGGCAGAACAGCCAUGGCAAAUCUCACCAAGAUAAUGAAAGAUAAAGACAUUUCCAUUCAUACUAAGAAAAGAAUUGUAGAAGCAAUGGUUUUCCCUGUAACAUUAUAUGGCUGUGAAAGCUGGACUCUAAGGAAAAAGGAAAGAAAAAUGAUAGAUGCAUUCGAAUUAUGGGUAUGGAGAAGAUUACUUAGAGUUCCAUGGACAGAAAAGAAAACAAAUAUCUCAAUUUUAGAAAAAAUUAAGCCAAGCUUCUCCUUAGAGUCAAGAAUCUUAAAACAAAAAUUGACCUACUUUGGACAUGUGAUGCGUAAAGAAGUUUCCCUAGAGAAGACUAUUAUGCUGGGAAAAGUGGAAGGUAGAAGGAAGAGGGGAAGGCAACGGAUAAGAUGGAUAGAAGAAAUAGAAAAAGUCACAGAAAUGAAGCUGGAUGAGCUACGAGAGACAACAAGGGAAAGAUCAAGAUGGAGAAGACUUGUCCAUGAAGUCACCAGGAGUCGACGACGACUCGAUGGAACUUAACAACAAAAACAUGCCAACUUCGAUACAUAAGAUAUUGAUUCAUGGCGCAGAUGUGAUAAAUUCAUCGGUAUUACUGCUAGGGCAGAUGUUUGAAGACACUCUAGAGAGUACUAAUAAAUACAUUAAAAAGUUUCAAGAUUUUGCAAGAAAAUUUUCCCGAGCCAAAACAAUGGAAGACAUUAUUUUACGCUUAUUAUUAAUAUCCAAUCAGUUUAUUUAGAGUUUGCAUGAAUUACCUCGAAAAAAACUCAAAG